AUGACCCGCCGAAUCGUCCGCACCGGCAUCCAGCUCGGCUUGCUCUUCACCACCAUCGUGCUGAUCCUCGUCUUCUUCGACAACCAUUUCCGUGUGCUGCCGCAGAGCAUCCACAACCACCUGCCGGUCCACCACCCCGGCCUGAUCAUCACCGACAUCCAUGUCCAGACCUGCUCCUCGCUCAACCCGCUGUCAAGCUGCAAGCUUGAUCCCGACAAAUGGCAUCGUAUCGAGAAGGACCUAUACCUCGGCAGCGGCUGGUUCAACAAGGCCUACGUACACGUCAAGCGCAAGCGCGAGGAGGAGCUGAACCAAGAUGACCGCGUCGUGCUUGACGUGCGGGUCGGCCGCCUCGACCCUUCAAUGGGCGAGAAAGGCCAGGAAACGGCCAAGUGGGAGUCGCGUCCUGCCGGCGUCUGGCUGCUGCGCUCGAGCAAGCGCCACGACAGCGACUCCGACAAGGUCAUCACCGCCAUCGACAUCCUGUUCGGCGCUGACGCCGUCGAACCCCGCCCGGGCUGGGAGGUCCGCGACACUCCCAUGCUGCUGGACACGUCUGGGGAGGCGCAAGAGGCGCGCAUCAGCGUCCGUCGUGGGGUGCCCCACAAGACCGACAAACCAGUGCCCAGGAUCAAGAAGGAUGGCAAGUUCAAGAUCCUGCAGGUCUCGGAUCUCCACCUGAGCACCGGCUUGGGCGCCUGCAGGGAUCCGGAGCCAAAGGACCAUAACGGGGGCCAAUGUGACGCCGACAGCCGGACUUUGGAUUUCGUUGGCAAGAUUCUGGAUGAGGAGAAGCCCGAUAUGGUUGUUCUAUCUGGUGAUCAAGUCAACGGAGAUACCGCGCCGGAUGCACAAUCCGCAAUCUUCAAGUUCGCAGAGCUUUUUAUCAAGCGCAAGAUCCCAUACGCUGCCAUCUUUGGAAAUCACGACGACGAAGGCUCCCUUUCCCGUGCCGCGCAAAUGUCUCUCCUCACGACUCUCCCUUACUCGUUGUCUGAGCCUGGGCCGAAUACAAUCGAAGGUGUGGGCAAUUACUAUGUCGAAAUCAUGGCACCAGGAAACUCGCAGCACUCGGCAAUGACGCUGUACUUUCUCGACACGCACGCCUACUCGCCCGACGAAGCCAAAUUCCGUGGCUACGAUUGGCUCAAGCCGAACCAAAUAACCUGGUUCAAAGACACGGCCCAUUCCCUCAAGGACGCGCAUAAACAGUACACUCAUAUUCAUUUGGACAUGGCAUUCAUCCACAUCCCGCUACCCGAAUAUGCCCUCAAAGAGAACAGCAUCGUAGGCACCUGGAAAGAGGGUGUCACUGCUCCGGGCUUCAACAGCCAUUUCUUCGACGCCCUUGUUGAGAAUCACGUGCUGGCCGUGUCAUGUGGCCAUGACCACGUCAACGACUAUUGCGCGCUUGGCAAGGUCGAUGAAGACCCCAAACUAUGGAUGUGCUAUGCCGGUGGAAGUGGCUUCGGCGGCUACGGCGGCUAUGAUGGCUACCACCGGAGAGUACGCGUGUUUGACGUGGACAUGAACAAGGCACGCAUCACGACGUGGAAGAGAGUAGAGUACGGCGACACCAAGGCGAAACUGGACGAGCAAAUCAUCGUCGAGGGUGGCCAGGUCUUCAAGAGCGCAUGA